AGCAAAAAGUAAGCAAGCAAGAAAGCAGCCAGGCAGCCAGGCAGCCAAGCAGGCAGACAGACAGACAGAGACAGACAGACAGGGCCCAGUCCUCCAGGUUGUCCGACAGGGUGCCUGCAGAGCUUCACGCAUGCUGUUCAUAUCAGGAUUCCGGAGCGUGAGGGAGGGAAUCGGCGGUGAGCGGUGCAAAACAAAGCAGGGCGGCAAAUGAUUGUUUGCUUCGCUCAACUGAAGCUUCCAGAAACACUUGAAAGAGGCUUUUCGCUUUUGGCACGAGUAAGCGCCACUCGUUUUGUGGUUAUUUAAUGGGGCGACAAGGUAGGUUACCGCGGCUGUCGCCAGCACUACAACUUUAUCUUUGUAGACGACUGCGACGCACAGUCAGUGUAUGAAUUGUCUCUCCGCAAGGAGUGUCGCGCGUCUUCGGGGACCAUGUUAGUUUUUUAACAGUAUCUACACGUUUACCGUGUAUUUUUGUUUUUGUACAAAGCGCGCGAACGCUAAACUUCGAUCAGGCUUCCUCUCUUCAUGCCGAACCACCACAUGAGAGGUCUGCGUCGAUAAGACUACAAACAAAGGCCCCCCUGUUUCCCCCCAUUUAUUUAUUUAUUGGAGUCACCUGAAUCUACACGGGGGGAAAUGCCUUUGGGUCUGUUUUGGAUGUGUUUAUGGUGCUUCCUUCGUCCCGGAGCCACCGGCCAAGGACAGUCGGCUCCGGCUGUUUGUUCCCUCUCAUGCAACUGCGAUGAAGAUGGAGGUGCCGACUGUUCCGGGAGAGGACUGACCACCGUCCCGUCCGACCUCAGCGCUUUCACCUACUACCUAGAUCUGAGCAUGAACAACAUCACUGAGCUUCCAGCAAAUGGUUUGAAGAACUUCCCUUACCUUGAAGAGCUGAGACUUGCCGGGAAUGACUUAUCCUUCAUCCACCCUGAAGCCCUGUCUGGACUGCAUCAGCUCAAAGUCCUAAUGCUCCAGAAUAAUCAACUUAAGACAGUACCUAGCGCGGCCCUGAAGAAUCUUCAUUUUCUCCAGUCUCUUCGACUCGAUGCAAACCAUAUUAACACAGUUCCAGACGACAGUUUUGAGGAUCUCCAGCAACUUCGGCAUCUAUGGUUGGAUGACAACAACCUUACAGAGGUCCCAGUCGGUUCUCUUCAGUACCAGACGAACCUACAAGCGCUGACUUUGGCACUGAACCGCAUCGUGUACAUACCAGACAACGCCUUUGCAAACCUCACCAGUCUAGUUGUGCUGCAUCUUCACAACAACAGAAUUACCGGCAUUGCCAACAAUUGCUUCACUGGUCUUGAGAACUUGGAAACACUGGAUCUUAACUUCAACAACCUGGCUGUUUUUCCCAAAGCGAUAGAAGCCCUGCCCAAACUGAAAGAACUGGGCUUCCAUAGCAACGAUAUUGCUUCCAUACCUGAUGGGGCUUUUCAUAACAACCCCCUGCUAAGAACCAUACAUUUCUAUGACAACCCGCUGUCCUUUGUGGGUGCCACGGCUUUCCAGAAUUUGUCUGACCUCCACUCCCUGAUGCUGCGUGGGGCCGGCAUGAUGCAUGACUUCCCAAUCCUCACGUGGACAAACAACAUUGAGAGCCUGACUCUUUCAGGGACCAAGAUAUCGUCUGUCCCCGCUGGUCUGUGUGACGAUCUCAAGCUGCUGAGGACGCUAGAUUUGUCUUACAAUGAGAUCAAGGAGUUACCAUCCCUUCAGGGCUGCAUCCAACUGCAGGAGAUAACAUUUCAGCACAACCAAAUUCAGCAAGUAGGAAGAGACCAUUUUCAAGGUCUUACAGCUCUCCGUUUACUAGACCUGAGUAGAAAUGAAAUCCAAUUCAUCCACAAUGAUGCUUUUUUCACCCUUGCUGCUCUCACUAACCUGGAUCUGAGUAUGAACUAUCUGACUACGCUUCCGACGACUGGACUGCGUGCCCUCAGUCAGUUGAAACUCUCCGGUAACCCACAGAUGAAGAAUGUGCUGACUGUGAGCCAGUUACCCAAACUCAGGUCCAUUUCCGUCCCUUAUGCCUACCAAUGUUGUGCAUUUGUCGGAUGUGACUCGGGGGGAAGUUCUUGUGGCGAAAGUGACAUUAAGCGAUCCGCAGACUGGGUGGAGGAAGAACAAAUUUCAAUGAUUUUGCAUUGCUCACCCUCACCAGGUGCCUUUAAGCCUUGUGAGCAUCUUUUAGGGAACUGGAUGAUUCGCCUGACAGUGUGGUUCAUCUGCCUGGUGGCGCUGGUUUUUAACGGUCUAGUGCUGGUUGCCACCUUCUCUCCUACACACUGCAACUUAGGCCACUCCCACUGGUGGUCUCCGUCCCUCCCCCCAGCCAGGCUAUUGAUGGGGCUUCUUGCCUUGGCUAACCUGCUCACAGGCAUUUAUGUGGGCGUGUUGACCGUGCUGGAUGCUGCUACUUGGGGAUCCUUCGCCGAGUUUGGCGUGUGGUGGGAAAUGGGACCUGGCUGCCAGUUUGCGGGCUCGCUUGCAGUCUUCUCGUCCGAGUGGGCCGUUUUGUUGCUCUUACUGGCAGCAGUGGAGCGCAGCGUGACCGUGCGGGAUAUCGUGGGCAAAGUGGUGAUGUCACCCAGGAGGAGCAGCCUCGGCCGCAGAGGAUGCUGGAAACGAGAUCGACGCUUCGGCCAGGCAGCGGCUCUGUUGGGGCUGGUUGCCGCCGCUGUAGCCUGCCUGCCUCUACUGAAGUUCAGCAAAGAGUCUGCCUCGCCUCUCUGCCUGCCCUUUGCCGGGGCCGAGAGUCCGGCCCUGAGUGUCACGGUUAUCCUGGUGCUGCUGAACGCACUGGCUUACCUGUUCACGGCAGCCGUAUACACUCAGCUGUACUGCCACCUCGGGAGGGUGGAGCUGGUUGACCCGGAGCAGACGGGCGCCCUGCGGCAUGUAGCUUGGCUCAUCUUCACCAACUGCAUCUUCUUUUGCCCCGUGGCCGCCUUCUCCUUCGCCUCCCUCUUAACCGGGUCCAGCGCCGGAGGCCCCGAGAUCGCCAAGUCCGUCACCCUCAUUUUCUUCCCCCUACCCGCGUCCCUCAACCCGGUUCUCUAUGUUUUCUUCAGCCCGGCCUUCAGGGAGGACUGGCUGAGGUUACGUAGCUGUGGACGAUUGACCGGGGAGGCAAAACAAAUGCGAGGUGAAAGUCACGGAGACGAUGGCGGCGGAGACUCUGAACUCACGGUUGCCAGCUCCUCCGAUCAAUUAAACUUUGACUGCGGAGUGUACUCUCACCUUUGCGGAGGGAUGGUUGUCUGCGAAGAGUGCGAGGCAACGCUGCAUGCCAAAACCUGCUCUUCCCGCUCGUCCUCCACAGUCUGCAGACACAUGGUGAAGUCUCACAGCUGUCCCACCCUCUUGACAGGAGUGACUGCGUGCCAGCGCACUGAGGACUUUUGGCCGGAGAGUAGUACGCCGUCCGCUCAGUCCGAGUACGCCGACGAGGGGGACUCGUUUGUAUCUGACAGCUCAGACCAAGUUCAGGCGUGCAGCAGAGCCUGCUUCUGUCAGGGCAGAGGCCUCCCUCUCGUGCACUACUCGUACAGCAUACCUCGCGUCAAAGAUUAAGAGCGCCUCGGCACGCUGUUCUAUCGGCGCAAAGAUGUCCGGUACAUUCGGGGGACAGAAAGAAUUCCCUCGGGGAAAGAUUACAGCAAGCACUUAGGUUUGUUUUCGGUGUGUAAACAGACGCAAGCAGUCAUUUAAAGGGAACGUUGACAUUUGUGUCUGUGGAAGAGAAGGUUGUGGCAAAAGCUGGCCCAUGAACAGACGUUGCCACCUGUGCCUGCUUCUCACCUUGGAACGAGGUGACUUCACGUGCGCUCAUGAGCUUUUUCAAAGUCCUUUGAUUUAUUCGAAGGCCUGUCAAAUGCAAACACACCUCUGCAGCCAAAGCUCGUUUCAGACUUUUUUUUUUUUUUUUACAUCAAUGUAGACAGUCGUAGAGUUUCUGAAUGUAGAAGACCGGCCGUCUUCGCCUUAAAGGUGAAAAAAAAUGAAUGCUCCGUGCAAGCUGCCUGUGAUUGUGAUGGAACAGUGUGACGACGGUAUGAGAGUUGUCAGUCAGACACUUGCUUGUAUUAAGUCACCAAGACUAAGAAUGUGAUCAAGUAGCAGAUAUCACUGUUUUGAGCAACCGCUCUGCUUGCUUGUUUUGAGUGCUGGUCUUAUUUAUUGUUUGAGCGGCAGUAAUGUUUGGAUGGAAGUCGGUGUCAUAUGAACGCUAACCUUGUUAGGUAACCAAUUACCAGCUUUUGUCAAGCUGUUGCAAAUGGUGUAUUUUAAAAAUGCAUGAACUGGUACAUGUAAAUAGGUUAUGCUCAGCUCAUCUGAUGGUUUUAAAUGCAAAAAUGCCAACUCGAGACCCUUCGUCGUCACGCCGCUGAUGAUGAUCAAACACCACUCGUGGUGCUUUUUUUUUCUAAGACAAGAUCAGGUUGCUUUAAUGUUUCAUUGCUUUGCUGAACACUGUGCACUUUUAUUUUGAACGCAGUCAGCACUUCAAAGACCAUUUUAAUAAAGCUCAACGGAAUUGCAUUGAGCAAAUUGCAGCCGAUCCCUGUUUAAAUGCUCCAUCACUCUGAUCUACAGAUAAUUAGUCAAUUCCUUUAUUGAAAAUUAAUUGCGGUCUAUACGUUGAACAUAUGAAAUGAAAUAUAUGUUUGCUGGGGGAUAAUAUCAUGUCAAAUAAGACCUUUAAAUCGACUCCACGGUACCAGCAUCAUUAAAACUGUAGGAUAUUUCAUUUUUUAUUCCGUCUCUUUCUGCGUAAACGGUCUGAAGAGCUUUGCUCCAAUGUUAUGCGUAUUAUUCUCAUUGCCAAGCAUUUUCAAAUGUGACUGUAUGCGAGGACUUGGCUGGGAGUAAUUUGACACAUUAAGUGGGUCCCACCCUCGGAGCAUGUAUCUACAAGUGCUCAGGAAUGUAGCCAAUGGAAUGUUGUUUUUACCAUCAAGACGAUCUGGAAUCCUGAAGUGAUUUUUUUUUUCUUCUAUUGGGGCACACAUCAGCAUUGUCUAGACUGCCUUUGUUGUCUGUCGCACCUGCCAAAAACUCCUUUGAUUUAUUGACAUAUCUCCUAACCGGUGAAGAAAUUACAGGUCUUUUUGUCGUUAGGUUGAUGUUCAUUAAGAAUUUAGAUGUUAAUGACAAUUUUUUUAAUAGCUGUCUAUAAAUUAUUUGAACAAAACUAUCAAGACUGGGAUGCCCCUCUAGGAAGCUACCUCCGUGGGUGCAGUUGACAGCAGUGCUUUACAAAUGAACCUUUUGUGGGAAAAGAAUUUGUGGGAGGAAUCUAUGCUGUAUACUGUGAUUUCAUUUUUAUUUUUUUGAUACAAAUUAUACACUACGAAUUUGUUAUCGACAUAAAUGUGCUGAUGACUUGGGGUCAUUUCUUGCCCUUUUCAUGAGAUCUUCCCAGGCUGUAUUGUUCAUCUGCUCAUGUAGAAAAAAAAUGUGAAUAAAUCUGUGCUGACAAAA